AUGGCGGAAACCUCAAUUACGUCCAACAAUCCGUUCCGCCGAAGAUCUGCGACACCCUCUGCUGCUGUCGCAUUGCCAUCGGGAAACAGUCUCCCUCCUUCUGCUGGGCCAGACCUGCCGCAUUUCAGCGGUGCCAAAGCUGCCGGAAGCUCCGGUAGCUCUGCCGCAGCCUUCUUGUUCGAGCAACACCUGCAGAGUCUCCAGCAUCCAACCGGCGAUGAGUUUCGAGAUCAGCUCCGGGCACUCCCCAAAUCCACCGAGGCUCCGCCGUCUACCACCUUUCUGAAUCCCAAGCCGGUGAAGAAGGUGCGAGUGCAGUCGCCUCCCUCGUCACCAGAAUCCGUCGAUGCCGACUUUGAAGCUCGCUUUCCCGCUUAUGGGGCUGCAGACACGGCAACAGCCAGCGUCAGCGGUACGGCUAAGUACGCUGUGCACUUUGCAGAUACUCCUGGCUACGACGAAUACAGCAGCGGCUCCGAAGACACGGAUGACGACCGGGCGCCCCAGUCUGGCCGAGAUUUACCUACAGUACCAUCGACACAGCCGGUGCCGACUCACAACCCCUUCCACAAGACACUUGGAGCCACGCAGCCGGAUAAGAAGGACGAAGGUGGGGAGUCUCCCGUUCCAGCCUCAAUUGCGCCUGCAACUGCCCCAACUGUUGGGAAAGCGCCCCUGAACGUCGACGCAUUCAGAAGGCUGCUGAUGACAGGCCAAGCAGAUGGUAGCGGGACGGGAGUAGGAGCAGCCGGAACCGAUUUGGGGAGCUUCACCGACGCCUCUUCGACCUCGAAACAUUCGACUUUCGACACGGCGCAUAUACCCUGGGAUUCUCCGAGGUCAUCCCACGAGAUCUCCGGAGCAGAAGAUGACCGAAGCAGGUUUGUUCAGGGACCGCAUACCACCCCAUCACAGAGACAGACUCCGCGCAAGAAGCCGCCACCACCGAGCUCCCGUCAUGGGAAGCUGAUCAGCUCCACGCACAAUGUGAAGGAAGCAGCCGAUGAGGUAGCGGCAGCAAUGACAUCACCCCACCGCCGAACCAGUGGCGGCAGCAUCCGGCCAUCUUCCUCGUCCUCCGAUAUGAACAAGCCUCUACCGGUGCCACCCAUACUCCGAAGCACAGGCGAGAAAGCUGAAAGCCUCUUUGACCGCGAAAUCGCAGGGAGGAUACCAGAAGUCGACAUCAACCUGGAUGCUCUUGAUGACGCCGUUUCUCACCCGCACCCACCGACGCCCCCAAACGCCUCGCACGCCAUUACGCUCUCAAUCUCCCCCCCACCUUCGAAACCGGCAGCUGAGUUGCUUGCCUCUUCACCACCACUAGCACUACCGGCUCCGACACAGACGAAAAAGCCUACCCCUCCACCUCGGCGGCAGAUGGCUCAUGCCAGGUCCGACAGCAGAUCAAGCAUCCAGGAUCGGGUUCCCUCUGCGCAGUCAUUGCCGUCGUGGGCAGAGAGUGCACAGGACCGGUCCCCCGAGGCUUCACGGCGGUCCUCGUUUGAAUCUACACGGUCAAUAUCCUCCAGCCUCAGAGUCACCAUCAACGCGCCUGCGCCACCACCUCCACGACGACCUCAUCAUGCAGCGCGGCUGCCAACGUCGUAUAUCUCCCCUACGGUUCAAUCGUUUCCUUCCAUGCCGUCAGCAGCGUCCAGUCCGUCCAUCGUGGUGGAUGGCAACCGCAGUUCUUUUGCCUGGAAUAAUGUGAAUGUUUCAGGACAGGUCCAGCCAGUCACGCCGACCACGCUGGGCACCCAUUUUCUUGAAAGUACAAGUCCCGGGGCUGAAGUGGUGCGCAGAGAUGCUGUCACUGUGUCCGGGCUGGUCGGAAGUGUGAUAUCUGGGAGCGCUACACCGGCAAAACUAGCCAAGCCACCACCACCGCCGGCACGAAGCAUUUCUGUUCGAAAGAAGGAGAGCAAGACAGGACAGGUGGGCGAUUUGGCCAGCGGCACCAGUGGGCGUCCAUCGAGCGUCCUUGGUGUAGAUGCCUUGUCGCAUCGCGUGCAGGCACAUCUGCAUCAACAUCCACCACCACCGCCACCGCGGGCGCGAGGUAGCAGCCGGGGAAGUACCGAUGGCCCGCUUAAUGCAACAGAUGGGACAGUGACGCCACGAAAAGGGAGCAACGAGAGCAGUUACAACAACCCGUCAGCCAGCGCCAUCUUGGCCGAUCUGAGCGCUCUGCAAAGAGAGGUUGAUGCCUUGAGAGGGCAGUUCUCGAAGUAG